AUGAAAUUGGAGUAUUUUCCAGACCUGCAAAGAGGAAAAGAAGCUCUGGUGGAAAUAGACAUUGAAUCGAUUGAUGUGGGCAAAUGGAACAAGUACUUGGUAGGGCACUUUCUUGAUGGACAAAUGGCCUACCCCCUCAUAGUUUCCACUGCGAGGAAUCAAUGGAAAGAUCUUUUUGUUGCUGUCAAACCUGAUGUGGCAGGAUUCUAUCUGUUUGAAUUCAAGGAUGAACAAGCUAAAAUGCAAGUCCUUGAAGGGGGCCCCUACUUUUUCUCCCAAAAAUACCUUGUCCUCAAGGAUUGGCACAGGAUGAUGAAGCCUGCUCGAGAUCAGCCUACCAAAAUCCCAGCUUGGGUGAAAUUACAUGAUCUGCCAUUGGAGCUUUGGAACCAGGAGUGCUUGAGUAGGGUGGCUAGCACAAUUGGGAGACCUCUGCAUGUAGAUCAAGCCACCGCCAAGACAGCUAGACAACCAGGGCUACUACAAACCAAAUCAACAAAAGCUAGAAUUUGCAUUGAGGUAAGUGCUGAGCAAAUUCUACCUGAUGAGGUUACAGUCAUUGUUGAAGGAGAGUCUGUUGUUAUUCCUGUUGAGUACCAAGUCCUCCCCCCCAUGUGUAAUAUAUGUCAUGUAUUUGGUCAUCACACAAGUAAAUGUGCUAAGGAAGCCUCCACAUCUUCUCUUCCACAUCAACCCGACUCACAAAUUUGGACUACAAUGGGUAAUGGAAAACAAAAGGUUGGCUGUGAAUACACCAAUCAAGGGCAGCUGAUUGACUUUGUACUCAAUCCUACAACAUCAGAACCUCAGCAAUCAAGCGCUCCAAUUAAUACCUCUGUUACUCAAUUACAUGGGGAGGACUCUAGUGAUUCUGAGGAGGAGUUACUGGAAGUUUUAGAAGGAGUGGUGAGUAGCGAUCAAGGGGCAGAGGCAGUAGCCUCACUGGAAGUGGAGUCCACUAGCACACAUAAAUUCACUGGUUUACAUGGCCAGAAUUCUAUUGUACCAAAGAAUUCUGAGAUAAAAGUUCCUCCAGCCCCUGAUCCUCCUGAAGGAAUUAAGAAGGCAACUGUUGCAUUGGAUGCAAAUAAGGCACUUUCCAGGGGUCUUAACGAUCCAAUCAAACAAAAGGAAGUUAAAUGUUUUUUGAGUAACAAGAAGUUAUCACUAUUGGGUUUGCUAGAGCAUAAAAUAAAGGAAGCCUCAGCUUCAAGAAUAAUAAGUUACAUUUGUCCCCAUUGGAAUUUUGUGAAUAAUUACCUUCAAGCUCCCUUGGGCAGAAUUCUAGUAUGUUGGGAUCCUAAUGUAAUACAAGUUCAAGUGUUAGAUCGAUCAGACCAGUUUUUGCAUUGUGAGGUGCAUCCUAAGUGUGAGGGGGGCCCUUUUUUAGCAACUUUUGUGUAUGGAGGUAACAGUUAUCUGUCCAGGCAGACACUUUGGUCUAGCCUCCAACAGCUUAAUUCCUCAUCCCCUUGGAUUGUGCUUGGGGACUUUAAUGCCAUUAGGUUCCCUAAUGAAAAAGUAGGGGGCAUUACUAAUUGGCCCCCCCAUAUGAAUGAGUUCAAUCGGUGCCUUUAUGCCUUAGAACUGGAUGAUCUUAGAUUUUCUGGUUGUUUUCUCACUUGGACCAAUCGGCAAGACUCUGCACAUUUUGUUAGUACUAAGCUAGAUACAGUAUUAGUCAAUGAACAUUGGAUGAAGGCUUACAGCUCUUCUUCUGCACAUUUUCUCACCCCUGGAAUUUCUGAUCAUUCUCCAGCUAUUGCCUACAUGAUUCCUAAUCCUAAGAAAUCUAACAAACCUUUCAAGUUUUUUGAUUUCUUAGCUGAUCACCCCUAA